AUGGCGGUUGCACUUCUAGGUAACCCAGGCUCUCUCACGAUGGUGCACUUUCGUUGUCUCGCGGUCGCAGUUGCGCUCUGCUACGAGGUCAACGCAGGUCCAUGCCGCCCACGCAGCAGCAGCGGCAUUGCGACGACAUCCUCCACAGAACUCACAGAUAAUCCAGCCUCGUCGAUAGUGCUGUCAGCAACAAGCAGCGAUGCUUUAGGAGAAACAACGCUGUCGACAGUCCUCGGGAUUUCCACGACAACGUCGCUCAGCACAUCAAUGGUUUUAUCUCUCGAUAGCGCUCUUAGUAGGCCAAGCGACACUACAUUGGCAUAUGGUUCAUCGGUGUCAACUGAUCCAUCCUCUCCGGCGUCAACCUCUGCUCUCUUUUCUUCUGUUGAAGAGGUGCCUUCCUCAGAUACCUCUGCAACUAGCGCCGCUGCUAUAACAACUGUAUUAUUAACCGAGACCGCCGUUAGCCUGACUUUAUCGAAUACUCCGGACUUUAAGCCAUUGACUACGAGUGCAACAACUCUUGCGAGUUACAGUACAUCAGAUGGCACUUUCACAAGUGCAGAGACAUAUUCGCAGACCACAGAACAGACGUGGACGCCUACGUCCCACGCUGCUAGCCUGAGUGAAGAUAUAUCAUCUGUUGCAACGUCCAAUCAAGCGUCAGCUGGCACGGAAACAAGCACUGCAGAAACCACCAGCUACGAGACGAGUACUGUUGGAUCAAGCACUGGCAUAGAAACACGCACCAAGACCAUCAAUAUCGAAACGACCACCGCUGAAAUGACCACCGCUCAGGAGAGCACCGCCUCGACAACGGAAGAGGCUCUAACUACAACUACAACGACCGCAGAACCAAACGAACCAACAAACUACUUUAUCAACGGAGGCUUCGAAAUCCCCGACGAAAGCGGCGAGUACACUGGUGCACCAUCGCUGCUCGGUAGGAGCGUCACGAUUAAAACAGAUUCCUCAAAAGCUCUUUCUGGCAGCCAUUACGCUGAAGUGGCUUUUCCCCUUGUCGGAUCUGGGUCUGCCGCUUACGCCAUCCGCCAAUCUAUCGCGGGCCUGGACCCAGCAAAGAGAUAUGCCUAUACUUAUAACUAUGCGCCUGCGGACAUGGUAGCCAGCGGUGCACCUCCUAAUCCCAUUAUUAAAUUCACCACGAUGUUUGGCACCAAGGCGUACGAGACCGACUUUAGCGGCGAGGUAAGCCCUCAAGAUAGCUACGUCAAGAGGAAGAUCGUCUUCGAUGGAAUCACAUCCAGCUUUGUGCAAACUCAAGUCCAAUUUUCUGGCCUCAACAGAGGCUCCGUCCGCUUCGACGACAUCAGCAUCUUUGAGUAUGACCCGCCGUGUACCCUCGUCAGCCCCGCCCCAAGCGACAAGUGGUGCAGUAGAAAGGGCAGCGUAUACGGCGCAAGUAAUCAACAGAAGACGAUCGGGCUUACCCAAUCCCUAUCACUGGAGGACUGUGCGCAGAGUUGCCACCUGGAGCCAACCUGUCAGGUCAUCUCAUAUGUCCCUACUGUCGGGAAUAACAUAGGACGGUGCUGGCGAUAUAAGGUUCCAAGGGAGGAUAUAGAGUAUGUUCAAAAUGGUGGUGGGCAGAUUGCUUAUGAGCCUGGGUGUUUUAGCUUUAAAGAAUAA